AUGGAUUUCAUCAAGACCAGUUCCCUGCGUGCUCUGAUUGAGUUAACUUUCCAACGCAACUGGAACGGCCUCAUUUGGAUGAGUAGAAAAGGAGUUAUAACCAAAAGAGUGAAGACUGUCCAGACGGCUCUAUCGAGAAUCAGCGCCAACCGCGCAGCGGCUGGCCGAGAAACGAAUGUUCCGCGUCGGCCAAAUCUAUCCGUCCGUCUGAAGUCUCGGCCAAAGUUCAACCACCGGCCGAUACGCAUCACGACCCGGGAAGCAAUGUCCCGCGGUCGGCCACCACGCCACUCACACGCCACCAUGCCGCGCACGACCAUGCCGCGCGAGCCGGGAACAAGCCUCGCGGCCGCGCAACCUUCUCGCGUACCACGGCCGAUGCAUCCGUCCGAGCCGGGAAGACGUCCCACGUCCGGCCGAGAAAGCAUCGGCCAAUGCUUCACUCGUCCGAUUGAUGAUAGGAUUUUAUGCGGAUGUGAUAUGAAAUGA